UGUGGCCCCAGGUUGCCACCGCUGGGCCAGACAUUCGGAGAGCGGUAGGGGCGCUGAAUAGCACCUCACUGCAGCCGAAGCCCCACCCGCGUCAGUAAGGGAGCUUGUCACAUUUGACUCAGGCGAGGGGGUAACAGACCCGGAUCCUUCACGUCCCAUUCGCUGCAGGAGGAAGCUCCGAACGGUUCCUUUCAGCCGCUGCAGGAAAGCAAAGCUGCUGGGGGUGGGAUGACCAGCAGCAAAGAGGGGCAUGGAGAGGUGACCAUGACAGAUCAGAAGCCCUGGUUGCUGCCACGUUGAAAAGGACUUUCAGGAAGACCUACCACCAUGGAUGAAUGGGAACUUCCGCAGUGGAAGAAGGAAGUCGACAGCCUGAAAUACCAACUGGCUUACAAGCGGGAGAUGUCAUCUAAAACAAUACCCGAGUUGAUUAAGUGGAUAGACGAUAACAUUCCAGAAGACCCGUUUCUGAAUCCAGAGCUGAUGAAAAGCAACCCUUGGGUGGAGAAAGGAAAAUGUAGCAUCCUCUAAUGUACCUAAGUCCAACUCGCUCCCAAACAGCAGUGGCUGACAAAAUGCUUCCAUCCAAGAUACUCAAGUUUGCAUUAACUCUGAAUGUACAUUUUUUAAUUAGUGUCCUAAUAUGAGUAACUCAACAAACACGAUCCUCAUCUGGUCUUAUUAUUUUUAUUAGUAGAAGCCAUUCUUUUUUAUACUAAAAAAAACAAACAAAAACAGCACAUAGCACCAGAGUACAUUGGUCAGAGAUGCAAUGUAUUGGAGAUGCAUGGGAACUCGAAAAGCAAAAUUAUACCACAGGCAGAAACUGUCUCAUGAUUAAUCCUGUAGUUUUCAAUUACGCGCUCGCUUAACUCUGCUUCUGUGAACCUUACAAAGCCUUUUUGAACUUGUAAAAGAAAAACAAAAAAACUUUUAUAAACAAAAUUUCAAUAGUUUUUUUGUAUAUUGUAGACUAUACAAUUUUGCAGCACCACUGGCGAAAUAUGAGAACGACGGGGUUUAUAAAGGAAAUAAACAAAGCAAUACUUCACAUGUUUUUAACAUUUUUUUAUUUUGCUUAUUUACUUUUUUUUUUUUUUUUUUACAAACAGCUGAAUAGAAAAUAAACGUAGGAAAGUUCUCAUGAGCCAUACAUUUUUUAGAAGGCUGAGUCAUGCUUUUCUUUCUGUUCUGUAUGUAUUGUUUCUUCUCUUUUAUUCCUUCUUUCUCUGAACACUAGAGCAAAUCCUUAAUGUAAAUAUUCCGCCUGACGGCAUUCGAAACCCCUU